CUGUCUGCACGCGCAGCGCUCACAGCGAGUGGCGCGCGCACACAGGUGAGCACUCUCUCCUCUCACGAGCACUUUUUGUCGUGUGAAAUGGAGCCAAACUUUAGAGCGCCUCUGCCUAGUUGCCAUGUUUACUGCAGUCUGAAGAAGAAACUAAAAAAGUUUGCGCAUGCGCAACGCCACAGGACCGUUAGCAGAACCGUUAAAGAAUUUGGCUGACGAUCCCAAACAAUCGAUUCCCAUCCCUAGUUGUAUAGCUUAUAUCACCAGCAUAACUGUUUUCAGCUGUGCUAACAUAAUUGCACGGGUUUUCUAAUCAUCCAUUAGUCUUCUAAGGUGAUAACACAAUGUACCAUCAGAACACUGGAGUGAUGAUGGAAAUGACGUUUCACCUAGAAUAGUCAUUUACCACAUUAACAAUGUAGAGAGGGUAUUUCUGAUUAAUGUUAACUUUAUUGAAAAAAACAGCUUUACUUUGAAAAAUAAAGACAUUUCUAAGUGAUCCCAAACUUUUGAACGGUAGUGUAUAUAGAUAUGAAUAUAUGAAUAUAUUCAUAAAUAUAUAUAUGGAUAUAGAUAUAUUAAUAAAUGUAUACAUGUAUAUUAAGAGAUCUAUUACCAGGGUUUCUUUGUGACGUAUACAACACGAGUUCAGGGUCUGACCUCUGGGGGGCGCUGUGUCGCUCUUCCUCUGAUCAGUCAGGACGUAUGAAGACAUGACGCUGGACGAGCUGCAGGAGAACGAAGACGAGUUCGGUGAAGACGACGAGGCGGCCAUCGAGGUGUACAAGCAGCAGCGUCUGGCCGAGUGGAAGGCGACGCAGAUGAAGAACAUCUUCGGGGAGCUGGUGGAGAUCUCAGGUCAGGACUACGUGAAGGAGGUCAACCAGGCCGGAGCCGGCAUCUGGGUGGUGCUGCACCUCUACAAACCCGGCAUCCCUCUGUGCUCCCUCAUCAACCAGCACCUGAGCUCUCUGGCCAGGAAGUUCCCCCAGACCAAGUUCCUGCGCUCCAUCUCCACCACCUGCAUCGCCAACUACCCCGACCGCAACCUGCCCACCGUGUUCGUGUACCUGGCCGGGGCCAUGAGGGCCCAGUUCAUCGGGCCCCUGGUGUUCGGGGGCAUGGCCCUCAAGGCGGAAGAGCUGGAGUGGAGGCUCUCAGAAUCCGGCGCGGUGGAGACGGACCUGGAGGAGAACCCCAAGAAGCAGAUCCAAGACCAGAUGAUGUCGUCCAUCAGGUCCUCACUGCCCACGGGGGGGGGCAGCGACUCAGAGGACGAGGACUAGGGGGGUAGGGGUCCUGAGGGGGUCCUGAGGGGGUAGGGGUCCUGAGGGGGUCCUGAGGGGGUAAGGGGGUCCUUGGAGGGGUUAGGGGCUCCGGGUCUCUCUUCUCAGCGUAUACGUGGCUUACGGGAAGCGGAGCUCAGUCCGGCACAUCGAUCCCUCUUCUGGAGUUUAAACGUCCGGCGGCUUCACGAGAAUCUUUAUAAAAACUUCAAACAUCGUGACUUUAGUUUAGUUUUUAUUACGUUUCUGAUAUUUAUGUCACAAAAUGUACAUUUGAGUCGGUUGAAUUAAAAGAGUCCACAAGAA